AUGAGAAGAGGAAUAACAGCUGCGGAACAAGGCAUAGACAACGAAAGGAUAAUCCUAGGUCUUCAACCGGAAACGGAAGAGGGAAAAGUAAGGUUUACGGAAAUAGUAAGACAAAACGUCAGGACAAAAUUCUAACGGUUCCGCAAGUGGGCAAAGGAAAACCUAGGUGCAAUAGCCGCCAUUGCCAUCUCUAUUGCUGGAAUUAUCACUACAGUCGUGGUGGCCGGAAAGAAGACCAUGGUAGGAGCCUCCAAGGGACUAGGAGCCGUAGGAAAAGCACUGGCCGGACUUGCAAAAUCCGCACUACCAAUCCUAGUACCCAUCCUAAAUUUGCUGAGUACUAUCCUAAGCUGGGGAGCUAAUGGUCUCGCCUUCCUUGCCAAAAAUCUAUGGAUCGUAGCAGUCCUAAUUGCCGGAGCCAUAUACAAGUACCUACAGAUGAAACGAAGGAAGUAA